AGAUCGCCGGCGGCCACAGUGGGCGCAGGUGUGCGAAAAAGAACGUGAGCCUAGCCGCCAUAACUGGAAGCGCGUGUUGUGCAGCGAGGAAGAAAAUUUCGGCAAGCGCGGGAUCAUCGCGACGAGCAAGCACCAGCAGCAUUAGCAGCACAGGGGCCGGCGCUCGUUAUUAUCACGAGACUCCCGGGCCCAGUCUCAGUUGGCCAGAGGCGCGCGUCUGGAGCGGAUGGAGUUCAACUGGAGCCAGGAUACCGAGGAAUCGGACAUGGCCUCAGAGGACCAGGACACUGACAGCUGCGCCGCCGAUGACGAGGACGACGAGUUGCAUCCCGUCGAGACCGACGAGUAUGCGUCGGGAGGUUUCAGCGUCGCGGACAGCUUGGAAGACAAUGAUGACGCAAUAGACGCCUGCCUACUUGAAGGCCUUCAAGAUGGCACCAACGACUGUUGGCUACAUGGCCGCCAGGCCAACAUCAGCGAAAGCCUGCUAGGUGCAGAAGAUCCCCGAAUCGUUUUCGGAGAAGACCCUCAGAACGCCGUUGUGCAUGUCCACUACGCGGAUGGGACCGCCGAGUACGCACAGGAAGACAUGCAGGGUGCAGUUCUGGUCGGGGGUGAAGAACCUCAGUACGCGUAUGUAGACCCUCUGGAUGAUGCAGACUUCCAAGCAGUGGUCGAAGAUCUCCCGGAAGAAUGCAGGGGCCUUCUGAGAGCAGCUAUAGCAUCCUGGGGCAAGGCUAAAGAGGUUCGACGCGAAAACAUCCAGGUUUCGGAAGAAAACAUACAGCAGACAGCUGUAAACCUUCAGCUCGCGGGGGAAAUCUUCAAGUUUGUGGGCGAGAUGUUCCAGUUCGCGGCAGGAAACCUCGAGCUUGCUGCCGGAAAUCUCCAGCCUAAAGGUGGGAACCUCCAGGACACCGACGAGGACCCGCAGGGUGCAGCUACGAACGCCGAAGGUGAGCUUCGUCCUUCUUAG